AUGGCUGUUAGGGACCAAAUCGCCGAACUUUUGAGGUCUUGCCGCGAUGCCAAGGAUCUCUCCCAGGCCAGGAGUGUCCAUGCCUCCAUCGUGGCAUCGAAAUACGAGCUCGAUCGUUACCUCUCCAAUCUCGCAUUGCAAAUGUAUGGGCGAUGCGGCAGCCUUGAAGACGCGCUGAAGAUUUUCGGCCAGAUCAGAAAGCCCAACCUCAUCUCCUGGAACACGCUCCUCCAGGCACUCUCGGAGAAUGGGGAGGUGGAGAAAGCGAGAGAGAUUUUUGAUGGAAUGCCCGGCUGGGACGUCGUGUCGUGGAACUCGUUGAUGGCGGCGUAUGCCCGCAACGGGGAUUUGGAGGAGGCGAGGAGGAUUUACGAAUUGGCCGCAGAGAGAGAUCUCAUAUCUUGUAACACGAUGAUCGAUGGGUAUGCAGAGAUGGAUUUUUUGGAGGAGGCAAAGUCAAUGUUUGAUUCCAUGGACGAGAAGAAUGUUGUCUCUUACAACACCAUGAUCCAGGCAUAUGCCGAAAACGGGCAUCUUUUCGAGGCAAAGGUUCUCUUUGAGGAGAUGCCGGUUAAGAACGUGGUGAGCUGGACUGCCAUGGUGACGGCGUAUGCGCGGGUAGGACACGUGGACGAAUCACGACGGGUUUUUAACGCGAUGCCGGAGAGGAACGUGGUGACAUGGAACACGAUGCUCCAGGGAUAUGCUGACUAUGGGAAUCUUGAGGAGGCAGAGCGAAUCUUUCUCGAGAUGCCGGAGGAGAGCCUUGUGUCGUGGAACGCAAUGGUAUCUUUGUACGCAGAGUGUGGGCUUUUGGAGCGGGCAAAAAAUCUCUUUGAUAGAAUGGUUUUCAGAGACGUCAUCUCUUUUAACACAAUAAUCUAUGCCUUUGCCCAGGACAGGAAUCUUGAAGAAUCUAGACGCCUCUUCAACUCCAUGCCACAGAGGAACGUCGUGUCGUACAAUUGCAUGAUCGCGUCGUAUGGCCUGUACGGGCAUCUAGAAGAAUCUCGGGUCCUGUUCGACACAAUGCCGUACAGGAAUCUCGUAUCCUGGAACACAAUGCUCACCGCAUAUGCCCACAAGGGGCAUCUGGAAGAGGUGCUAUUCCUGCUAAGGUAUAUCCCUCAAAAGGACGUGCUGACAUGGACGGCGGUGUGUACGUGCCACAUUGUGACUGGUCACCUGGCCGAAGCGCAAAGAAUAAUUUUCUUCAUGCCCGAGAAGAACUCGGCCUCCUGGAACGCUCUAGCGGCGGCUUAUGGCGAUCGAGGAGAUUUGCUCAAGGCCGAGAGGCUCUUGAGCGAGAUCCCUGUGAAAGACAUGGUUUCCUGGAACACGACAAUGGCCACUUACGCCAAGAACAAUCGCCCUCUAGAGGUUCUCUCGUUGUUUCAUCGCUUGAAUCUCCAGGGGACAAGGCCACAGAUGAUUACCUUUGCGAUUGUUCUAACAGCGUGUAGCCGGCUUGGGAUGAUCGAACAAGGAUGGAACCAGUUUUUCUCCACAGCUUGCGACUAUGGAAGCCUGCCAACGUCGCGGCACUACUCGUGCUUGAUCGAUGCUUUUGGACGAGUCGGGAGGCUUUCCGAGGCGGAGCAGCUGCUGCAAAGCAUGCCAGUUCCGGCGGAUGUGGUGGUGUGGAAAACACUGCUGGGUGCCUGCCGGAUCCACAACAAUGCCGAGUGUGGAGCUCGAGCUAUGGAGAACAUUGCCAAGCUCGAUCCGCACAACGCCGCUUCGUUUGUUCUCAUGGCCAACACCUUGCAACCUGGUUGA